GACCAAGCCGGAAGAGGGCACGCUCCCCAACUCUGCAGAUCCAGCAGGCUUCACAAACCAAAAAAAGUAUUCUUUAAAUUAAAAAAAAAAAAGGGUUUCGAAAACAGCAUCAGAGUUUGUUAGCCAAAUAUUUCAGUCUCUCUCUGGAGACUGGAAGCCAGGAAUUUUGGAAAUGCUACCCUUUCUUCAUUUUUGGUGGAGGAAACCUCACACUUCCUGCUGGGGAGCGUGGGGGAGGCCGCCAUGUUUUUGGUCAGGAAGAGGGCCGUCCUUUGAAUGGAUGGGUGCUGCCACCUGCUGUCUCCCCGUGGCACUGCGGCUUCACCUCUAGCUCUUCAAGAGCUCGAUGAAAUUAAGCCGAGAGUCAGGGCUUCUUAUUUCUGGCUUGAGACUUCAAGGAUCACGGUAGGUGACUGAGUUUCUCAAACCAAGUUAGCUUAGAUAUACAUUUUUUUCUUUUGUAGUGGUAAAGCAUUUGCUCCCUACGUUUCUCUUCCUCUUUAUUGUUAUAGUAAAGCUUUCCCAUGGUGUUACUGAGUAUAAAGUCACUGGACAACUGAACAGGAACUCGGUAGGAUGCUUUGACUUCGACCUUUUCCUACCUUUGCUUUGCUUUCUAGGGAAUUCAGGAUGGAGACACCAUGCGAUCUGAUUCCAGCCCUGGAACCUCUGAGUAAAAUACUUGUAAAAACGAGCCAAACCCUUUUCCUCAAUAUUUGCAACUUUAUUAUCUUUUAAAGGAAAGGCAGCAGCAUGGCCACUGUGCUGUCCCGGCGCCUUGGUAAGCGCUCCCUCCUGGGAGCCCGGGUGUUGGGGCCUCCCGGGGCUGCCCCACCCUCGGAGCCUCAGGCGGAGCUGCUGGAGGGGGUGACUCCCCAGCCCUUCCUCGCCUCUAAGGACACUUCCUGCCAGGAGCAGCCCAAGGAAGUCUUCAAGGCUCCCAGCACAUCAGGCCUCCAGCAGGUGGCCUUUCAGCCUGGGCAGAAGGUUUAUGUGUGGUAUGAGGGUCAAGAAUGCACAGGACUGGUGGAGCAGCAUAGUUGGGCAGAGGAUAAGGUGACUGUCUGGCUGUUGGAUCAGAAGUUACAAAUCUGCUGCAAAGCAGAGGAGGUGUGGCUGGCCGAGUUGCAGGGCCCUAUUCCUCAGGCACCACCUCUGGAGCAAGGAACCCAGGUGCCAGCCUACAGGCCUGUCUCCAGGAACAUUGAUGUCCCAAAGAGGAAGUCGGAUGCAGUGGAAAUGGAUGAGAUGAUGGCGGCCAUGGUGCUCACGUCCCUGUCCUGCAGCCCAGUCGUGCAGAGUCCUCCUGGAGCUGAUGCCAACUUCUCUGCUUCCCGCGCGGCCUGUGACCCGUGGAAGGAGAGCGGGGACGUGUCCGACAGCGGCAGCAGCACCACCAGCGGGCACUGGAGCGGGAGCAGCGGCGUUUCCACCCCCUCGCCCCCCCACCCCCAGGCCAGCCCCAAGUAUUUGGGGGACGCCUUUGGUUCUCCCCAAACUGAUAAUGGAUUUGAGACCGAUCCAGACGCUUUCCUGUUGGAUGAACCAGCUCCACGCAAAAGAAAGAACUCUGUGAAGGUGAUGUACAAGUGCCUGUGGCCAAACUGUGGCAAAGUCCUGCGCUCUAUUGUGGGCAUCAAACGACACGUGAAAGCCCUCCACCUGGGGGACACUGUGGACUCCGACCAGUUCAAGCGGGAGGAGGAUUUCUACUACACAGAGGUGCAGAUGAAGGAGGAAGCUGCUGCUGCUGCUGCUGCUGCUGGCGCCCCGACAGCUGACCCAGCUCCCACCCCCGGGGUGACCAGCCCGCCCCUUGCUGUCCUCCCGCCGCCUCCUCCCAAAGCCCAGUCCUCAGGCCCGGAACACCCUGGCCUGGAGUCUUACCUGCCCUCUGGUGCUCUCAGCAAGUCAGCUCCUGGCUCCUUCUGGCACAUUCAGGCUGACCAUGCAUACCAGGCCCUGCCGUCCUUUCAGAUCCCCGUGUCGCCACACAUCUACACCAGUAUUAGCUGGGCUGCCGCCCCCUCCACGGCUUCCUCCCUCUCUCCGGUCCGGAGCCGGUCGCUAAGCUUCAGCGAGCCCCAGCAGCCACCACCUGCAAUGAAAUCUCACCUGAUUGUCACGUCUCCGCCCCGGGCCCAGAGCAGCGCCAGGAAAGCCCGCGGGGAGGCUAAGAAGUGCCGCAAAGUGUAUGGCAUUGAGCACCGGGACCAGUGGUGCACAGCCUGCCGCUGGAAGAAGGCCUGCCAGCGCUUCCUGGACUGAACCUGUCCAGCCGGCUCGGCCUCUUUGCUCCUGGCCCUGACUGCAGCCAGAUGACAAAAGGCAGACGCGCCACAAGCCCUCAGCAGAAACCUAAAAGAUAAAGAGCGGGCGUUGGGAGUUUGGGCUCUAUGGGUUAAGGUUUAAUACUUAAAGCAUUUUUCCCUCCCUUGUGGGAACAUUUCAUUUUUUAAAAAAAGAAAGGAAAAUACUUUUUUCCCCUAAAAUAGGAGAGAGCCAAAACUGACCAAGGUUAUUCUGCAGCGAACCAGAGACCAAAGAAUUAAUUACUCUCGCUUUCCCACAUCCCGUCUCUGUAGGGGAUUAGUUUGUACGUAUCAAAAGAAGGAACAGCUCGUUCUGUUUCCUGCUGAGUUGGUGAAUUCUUUGCUUUCUCAACUCUUCCAGAAAGGACUGUGAGCAAGAUGAAUUUACUUUAUUUUAAAAAAGAGUUUCUGGCUGAUGACUCAGAGCAGGACCUGCCGCGGAUGGGGUGGGCAGAGUGGGGGUAUCUGGGCGCUUUUUAAGGUGCCGCUGGCCCCUCUUCUCCGCCUGAAUCGGGGAGAAGGGAGAGCUUGUCCUCACCAAGCAGCUUCCAUGGAAGUAAAAGGAGAGCCCUUUCUUGGUGACGACUGUUUGAAUCUGGGUUUCCUCAGACGUUGGGUUGCAUCCCAACAAAUAUUGUAUGGCUUCUUCUCAAAGCCCAGACUAAUAGGUUUUUAAAGACUGUCCCCAAAUAGCUGAGCCAAAAGGCUAGUCCAAAUUCCCUUUUUGAAAUGCGGCAGUUAAACACUACCUUGAUCAUCCUUUCCUCUUUCCUUGAGGAAAAAGUAGAGCGUUUAGUAUCUGUGAAAGCUCUCCGCUGUUAGCUGAGUGAGUCGACUCCCUCUGACGUUCCCUCUCUCCAGUUAUGGAAUGACACCUCUAAAACACUUUAUUUUCUUUUAUAGUAUAUUCAGAAGCCUUUAUCUGAUUAAAGUUCCCUUUUUUCGAUGAGAGACCUUGUGGUAGGUUCCUCUUUGUCUCUGGUUUCACCAGGGAUUUUCCCAUUUCCCUCCCAAGGCUGCAGGUGGGGCUGGCAUGGGAGAGGGAGAGAGAAGAGAAAGAUGGAAAGGUAAACGGCAGCGUGGCCCUAGGAAGGAGAGGGAAUUGACAGGUGGCUGAUUGUUCCAUUGGCUCACCUGCUUCUUUGGGGGCAAUCUGAUCUUCUUCCUAAGGUGACAAGUAGGACCGGACUCUUGGGUCAAUGUAAGAAGGUUCUUCUUUUUUUUUUUAACCAGUGUUGGUCCAGUCCGAGUGAUGAGGAGGGUCAGUUUGAGUCAGUGUAACCUUCCCAGAGACGUGUUGAGCACCAUUUCUUGCCUGAGGGUGGGAUGGGGAAGGUUAAAGAGUCCUGGGGAGCUCCUGUGAUGAGGAGCUGGGGUUGGAUUAGCAGCUCCUGGUGCUUCAGCCCCUGGUGUUUCUGGAGACCUUGGGAAUUGAGAGGAGCCUGAACUGCGCUUGCUUGGGAGGUAAAUAGGCAGAGCUGUGCUUGAUGAGCAGGAGGGAGAUGGAGCCGGCGUUCAGUGCCAUGUUAACCAGUGAUUAAUAAAGCCUGGGCGCGCUGAGCCCCGAAGGGAGGACACGGUUUUGUGUGGGAACCUCACCUUUCUCCUAAUCGUGAGUUGUUUGGGGAUCCUCAGGGCCUGCUUGAAGGUGACCACCCUCCCAGCUGUCUUGGGUACCAGUCCUGGACCUAUGUCCCAGAUGUCAGGGGCUCAGGGAAUCCCACCAAGCCACCUCUUUGGGGGGACUGGGCAGCAGCGUCCACCCUUGGCUCUAAUCAAGGUCGUCCUCUUGGUCCCAGGUGGAAAUACCUGGCUGUUGAAGCUCAUUUGACCACUUCACAUGGGGAAUGCACAGGUGCUUUUCAGCCCGGGACUUGUUGAGUGUUAGAAAACCUGCAGACCUGCUCGGGGCCUGAUGUUGUGAAGGGUGAUGGUGACCUAGGUUUGGUGACAGAGGGUAAGACGCUCUUAUGAUGGGUGUCUUUGGUGGUGAUGGGGUAUAUUUUUAUAACUUAGUAAAAAUUAUGUGGAAUCUGUCCCUUGGUAAAGCUGGAAGCCAGGCCAGCAAGAGGUGGCCCAGGGUUCUUCCUCCUGUCUCUUCAGCCUCCCUGAGAAUUGAAAGAGGACAGCAGGUUGUUGCCUGUCUUGACCGUACUGACUUCCCACAGUGUCCCCCUUGAGGUCUUAUCGGUGAGGGGCAGGAGCGUGGGGACGAGGGGAGUCUGCCCAGUGGUGUCUCCCCUUCCCUUCUCAGUCAGGGCUCCUGCUGGUUCUCGUCUUUAGAAAAGCUGUGUUAAUUUUUCCCCUCGGUUUGGAUCAUGUAGAUAUAACUGGAUAUAUAAAGAGAUUUUCUCUAAGUGAGGUAGGCUUUUCAUGUUAUUGGUACACAGGGCAGAAAAGGAAGAGAGAAAGAAGAAAUAGAUGAAAACAAUUUAAAAGCCGAGGUGGUUUUAUUAUUUUUUUGUUUUGUUUUGGUGCAGCUUUCCCUGUCUGCAUUUGCGCUUCUCUCCUUUUUGGUGGUGGUGGUGGCCUCCUCUGGCCUCGCUCCUCUCGCUCCUCCAUCUUGUGGCUGUUGUGUUGGUUCUUGACGUGUGGUCUGUCCUUGGGGUGGCCCCAUUUGUUUCUUCUCGGAGGGCGGGGUGGUUUGUGAACUGAUCCAAUGAUCAUGCCUAUUUUCUUCAUCUCUGUAUCUCUCCCGACUUCCCAGCCCACCUGGGCAGCAACAUUUGCUAGAAGGUAAGAUGCCACAGGUGUGCGUUUGAAACUAACAGGACUGAUUUUCCAAGCAGUUAUUUUGGGAAACUAUUCCAGUGAUGUUACCCUUAUUCAAGAGAUUUCUUGGCAUUACCUCGGAGUCAUGUGGUGCCUGCGUUGAGCAGCCUUAAUGAUGCUGAGUCUGCACCCAUGCUCAUUCAGGGCAGAGAGAGUCCAGCGAGUAGUGUCUGUGGUCUGGUGCACGAGGCCUGACUAGCGAGUGAAAUAACUUGGAUUUAGUUAUGUGACUUUUAUGCUGGCUGUGAAAGCAACUUUGUAAUUUCAGAGAGCGUUUUGAGCAGCAUCCGCAUAGUGAUAGUAAGCCUAUAGCUUGACUCCUUGGAGGACAUUAUUGAUUUGGAUGUGGAAGCUCUUGAAGAAAUCUGUCCUGUUACUUUCUGGUCCUCUCGGGUUCUGACUUUACUAGGGGCAAGGAAAAAGAAAAACAAAAAAAAACUAGAGAAGAGGGAGAUAAAUCCCAUCUGUGAAUUUGUCUUAAUAAUUGGCGCCUUUUCCCCAGCUGUCUUCCAAGUAUUAUUUUUACUGUUAAAAAAAUUUUUUUAAAAAUGUGAAAUGUAAUGUUUUUACAGCAACAAUAUGAAAUAUAUUUUAUAAGGAAUAAAAUGGUACAUUGUCUGA